GCCGACCUAAAGCUCUUUAAUCUGAAUUAUACAAAGCCAAGGCUUAGAAAUAUAGUGCGUCAUCGGGAAAGGCGGAUCUUUUUUUUUUAAAUAUGUUUUUACCCAGCAUGCUGUUCGGCCUAUAAGAAGGCGAGGCAGCGCUGUGGAGUCAGAAGAGCAGAAAUUUACCCGGAGCGGCGAGCUGCCCAGCGCGUGGAUGGAGCCGCAAAACUUUAGAUAACGGCCCUGCUUUCUUUUUUCCCCCCCUUUUAUUUCUUUCUCUCCACUCUUUCAUUUGAGCGCUUCAAGUGGAUCCGGAGUUGACAGCAGUUUCUUUGCAAGAACCCUGAGGAUGGCGAGCAUGGCCGAGGCCUCAAACAGCAGCAAGCGUGUCCUUACUUGGGAGCAGGUGAGCCGAUUAAAUGAGGUACUGAGCGAGCCGGUGCCGGUUCACGGCAGAGGCAACUUCCCCACGCUGGAGGUGCGGCUGAAGGAAAUCGUCCAGAAGGUGCGCAACCGGCUUGAGCAGAGUGGCAUCAAAGUCAGCGAUGUCCGCUUAAAUGGUUCCUCUGCUAGUCACGUGCUGGUGAAGGACAUUGGCUGGAGCUACAAAGAUCUGGAUGUCAUCUUCAGAGUUGAUCUCCCCCAUGAGACGGAGUUCCAGCUCAUCAAAGAUGUCGUGCUGAGCACUUUGUUGGACUUCCUGCCGGAAGGGGUUAACAAGGAGAAGAUUACACACAUGACCCUGAAGGAGGCCUACGUGCAGAAACUGGUCAAAGUGUACACAGAGCAGGACCGCUGGUCCCUUAUCUCCCUGUCCAACAAUAACGGACGCAAUGUGGAGCUCAAGUUCGUGGAUUCGAUCCGCAGGCAGUUUGAGUUUAGCGUGGACUCCUUCCAGAUAAUUUUGGACUCUGUGCUGUCUUAUUAUGACUUCUCAGAAAAGCCGAUGUCUCAGCAUUUCCACCCUAGUGUGGUGGGGGAGAGCAUGUAUGGUGACUUUGCUGUGGCUCUAGACCACCUCAGGAACAAGCUGAUUGCCACCAAAAGGCCAGAGGAGAUCCGUGGAGGUGGCUUGCUGAAAUAUUGUAACCUGUUGGUGAGAGAGUUCAGGCCCACAGACGAGGAGGAGUUCAAAGCGUUGGAGCGCUAUAUGUGCUCACGCUUCUUCAUUGAUUUUCCUGACAUUGGCGAGCAGCAACGGAAACUUGAGGCCUACCUGCAGAGUCACUUUGUGGGUGAGGAGAAAAGCAAGUAUGACUACCUCAUGAUCCUGCGACGGGUUGUGAACGAGAGCACAGUCUGCCUCAUGGGACAUGAGAGGAGGCAGACACUUAACCUCAUCUCACUCACAGCGUUCCGGGUGCUUGCAGAACAGAAUGUCAUACCGGAUGCCUCUAAUGUGACCUGUUACUACCAACCAGCACCUUAUGUCCGUGACCUGAACUUCAGUAACUACUAUGUGGCCGCUUGUAACCAGUCCAUUCCAACAUGGCUACCAUGUAACUAAGGCUCUCAACUGAUGCUUUAUUAAUGAAGGAAAUGAGCAGCUGUGUGGUGGAGUGGUUGUUUCCCUGUGUGGGCAUAAAGGAUAUUUAAAAGGACAAGCAUUCGGGUCUAUAUUUGUUGGUUUUUUUUUUUUUUUUUUUUUUUUGGGGACUCUGCUGAAUUAUCUGCCAAUGUGUCAAGACCUUUUUUGGAUUCAAAGUAAUAUAUAUAUUUUUAGAGUUUGGAUUAUCUAUAUUGGAGGGGAAAUCAAAUACUCCCUUAAAUUUGUUUCACAGAUUUUGUUGCCUUUCUGUUCCUAAUCUGAGUAAUGAAAUUUUUGCGACCUGAUUAUUGUGCCUUAUCCCUCUCUAAUGUAUUAAAUACUUGUCUGUAGGAGGAAAAGAUGUAGGAGGCAAAGAUUUCUCAAAGGACAGUGUUUUUUCUUGUGAUAAAACAGAAAAUGUAGAAAAAAAACCCACAAAAUGUUAUACAAAUUGGAAAAAAAAUAUAUAUUUGGGGUGACAUGUAAGCACAGGCUUGAACAGAAAUUCCAGUGUGCAAUUAGGAGGGUUUUCCCCCUUUCUUGUUCAUUUUUUUUCUUUUUUUUCCUUUUUUUUUUUACUACUGUGAGCUGCUAAUAUCCUUAAGAGCUUUCAGUUUGAGCAUUUUAACUUUCUGUUUCUCAGCUAAUCAUAACCAGGGUUGUGAGGUAAAGGAUGCUGCACGUUUGUUAAAUACAGAUGUUGAAAGUACAGUUUACAUGGCAUUUGUUUGAGUGUGCUUCAGCCACGUACAUCGUUUGCAUGCAAAAAUAUAUUUUUAGUAUUCCAGUACAAACUUCAGAAAGUUCUGUCUACACAGCUGGAAGGUGUAAAGCUUUUUAGUCGAGCGUUUCCAGGCACUGCGAGUUCGUCAGUUUUAGGACAAGUCAGAGUUGUAGAGGGUGGGGUCCCCCUUUCCUUAAGGGUAACAAUGCAGGGAACUCUUCAGAAGCUAACUUCUCAUCCUUCUGUGUUUUUUAAUAUGGAUAAUGUAAUGUCUGCCAGCAAGAGGACAAGGUUGCCUUUGAGUGACUUCUGCAUGCAGUUUAAUUCUAAAUGAGUGUACAUGUGAGCAAGAGCACGGCUGUGACGCCCCUUUUCCUUAAAAGGAUAGUGUUGGGUGUCCAGUGCUCUUGAGUCUUGUAGUGAUCCUUAGCAGGCUUCGCAUUGCUGUGUAACAAGACUCCAAACUGGUGUUGCAUGGCUCUAAAAUUAUCUUAAGAGGCACAGGGCAGAAUAUGUCUAUGCUGGAGGGAGGUGGGCAGGGUUUUCUGCUGUCAUUAACACCUUACAUGUGCUUCUGCUGUUCUUGCUCUUCAUACAGAUGCAUGCUGAACCCUUUUCUGGUCAUUGGAGCAGGGCCCCAUUCACAGAAACAUUACAGUGGCCCUAGGUAGAGUCCAAUUAUGGAUUUUACCUCUGGGAUGGUUCAUGUUGCAUGCCCUCAACUUUAACAUGAUGUCUUUAACUUAUGCUUGUCACUAAACUCUGUCUGAAAGAAUUUAAUUCUGAACCAACAGCUGUUCCGUAUUUUCUCCUUUCUGCUUACUCUGCAUCUGUGCACUGUCUAAACAGUUGAUAACCUGGAGAGCCACGUUCGGCCUUUUAUCUGCUUCACGCACAGACUUUGAGGGAAGAUGGGACAGGGUGACUGUAGCCUCUGCCAGUUGUUGUCGCACCCCUGGGUCAGGACAUAUUGAACUUGGGUGCCUUUUUUUUUUUUUUUUUUUGUGGGCAGGGUAUGAUUUGUGGAAAUUUAGACUGUGGACCAAUGGCUGAACUGGUAACAAAGCUCUGAAGUCCCUUGACUUUUGUAGCAGUUAGUGGUGGUAAGUUUAUAGCUGGGUGUGAAAAAGCCAUUGACUUAAAUGUUCGUUUUAAACUGUUCAGAAAAUGGCAACUUAAUUGAGGGGCUGGUUUUUUUUUUUUGGGAGGGUUGGGGAUUGGUACAGGGUAUAUUAUGGAUCUAGACAUUUUGGUGUCCUGUCAUGUGACAAGUCAGUUUAUUUUAUAUUGAUGUCCUCUCUCAAACCUUACACCCCACUCUUCUUAAACCUAGUUGUCUAGUCAUUCCAUUAAUAGAUUUCUUCUUUGCUCAUGCUUUAAAUGCCACCAAGCAGGGCACAAUUGGGCAUCUGACCAGUUAUUGCUAAAUACCUCACAUACCCAAGUUUAUAAAUGCAUAUGCGAUCUUGUUUGCACUCCAAACCCUAAGUAGCUGUGUAAGUGUAUAAGCUCUAACACAUUGGGUGAGGCUGAGAAUGGAUCCUGGACAAAGGGCUGCUGUGUUUGAGUUAUUUAACUUGCAUUCUGGCUAGAAAUGUUACUUUUCUCCUGUGAGUGAUGGGAUCUACUUAAUGGAGUAUGUAGAUGUCUGCUUCCUAAUGUGUUAAUUUCUCAGAUGUCUGUGGUCCUAAUUCCAUAAAGCAAACCCAAGUAUGUUACUCAAAUUAUUUGCUAAAUUUUGUGGAAAUCAAUUCAAACAGCUUGAUAGGUUUUAGACCAUAGAUGUGAUCUAUAGAUGCAGCAUUUCCUUAAUCUGCACAGCUUGAGCAUUUGUAGCUGCCAUUGUGCACAUUUUAUCUUGUCUAGGUGAACUUCACCCAGAUAAGGCUUGGCAUGAUGGGGCUUGACUGGGCACCUAUUUAAAGGUUCAGUAUACAGAAGUGUGUGGGGGGGGGGAGAUGGCAUUUGAAAUGGAUUCAUACGUAGUGUUAAUACUAAUGCAUAAGUAUUUUGGUUUUUUGGCUGUUUUUUUUUCUUCCCCGUUUGAACAUUCUCUUUCCUGUCUCUGUGAACAAAGAUGAGCUUUGCUUGUACUGUUGCGCUGUGGCUCAAAGCAUCUGUAUCAUUUGUUUCUGUGCCUGGGGAGGACUUCCCUGGGUUUGGACAAUUGUCUAAAGUUUUGCUGAUGUUGGAGGCUUUUUUUUUUUUUUGGAUCCUUUGCCAGAUGCUAAUGACUUGUAGGAUAUGCAGUUUUUGUCUGACUGUGCCUAUGAUUGAGUGAGCUGAAGAGCUUAAGAUGUGGAUUUUUUUUUUUUUUUUUUGGAGGGGAGCUUUUGUCAACUUGGUGUGUUGUGGUUUAUUAAUGUUUCGCAUUGUCAGUUAAUUUGAGCACUUUUUACCUCACUUAAAUUUUCCUUUGGAUGGAGUUGAACAUCAGGAAAAUGUGUAUGAAGAGGGGGAAAAAAAAAAAUAAAGUAUUAAAACCCCAUUUUGAUGCAGCUUGUGUUCAUUUCCAGACACGUGCAGGUUAACUUGAAUGUACUGGUAGUUAGUGAUGUGGCAGUUCUGCUGGACGUGCAAUUUGGUGCACAAACCAGCACUUCAGGUCUGGGGUGGGAUUCCCAAAAGCCUCUUAACACUAAGAGCAUCUUAACUAGGACUGAGGUGGUUCAUUGUUGCUUGCUCUACCAUUUAACGAUCUUUGUGCUACGAUGCAUUUGGGAAACUGACCCCAAUUGGUAGUGGGGUGUUUUUUGGAAAGACUGAUCUGAGUAAUUGGGGUGUGUA